AUGUGGGAGUGUGCGCGGCAGCAACCAGAACUGGAGGACAUGGCGCGGCAGGAGCUAGAACGUUGUCUUCGCUGGAGACCGUCUUCGUCGCACCCCAGGACUCAUUUGUUGCGUGGGCCGUCUUAGUCGCACCCCAGGACUUAUUUGUUGCGUUGAUGUCAUGGUGGGGGGAAGCAGUUUUCCCGUCGUUCACAUGCUUAUUCGCAUCGUUGAUGUCAUGGUGGGGGGAAGCAGUUUUCUGGUGUUGUUAUUUGGAUGGUGAAGUCUGGGUGUCUCUGGUGAAUUCGGUGCUAUCGGAGGAUGAGGUUUCUUGAGGUUCAGUCGUGAUGAUGGGGUUCACUUUUUUGAGCCUAUGUCUUUGCUCCUACUCGGUAGGCGGUACCGAGUCGAUGUUUGAUUGGUUCGUCCAUUGUGUGUAAGCGUGCAUGCGUAGACUUGGUAGGUCCUGUAGGACUUGGUCGCAAUCGCUGUCAUGAUUGUGAUAAGACGUAUAGCCAGUGGCGGUAUGUCGGUCUACUCCACUGGCAUGGAGAUCGCGCUCCAUGC